AGAAGCGAGUUAUUGCCUUAUCUAAAAUUCAAACCACUAACAACCGCUUAUUUGAGGGCUGAAAAUAGCUUAACCGUAAAUCAGAGGAAAAACCCAUUUGUGGCUUUAUCAGUUUGAUCCAUGAAAACUAUGAAUCCAACUUCGUUUCCAAUAUUUCAUGCAAACCCAGUUCGGCUAAAGAGCCCAGCUUUCAAACCCUCCAAGGUUUCCAUUAAACCUCCACCCCCGGACUUCGAUUUCAGAUCAGAUAUAUUGGGAGAGUCCAACGCUUUAAUAGCAAAAUCUCACCCUGAAUUGCUUGAUUUAGCAAGUAGUGGCAACUUGGUUUUAAUUGAGAAAAGGCUUUUUGGUCCUGUUCCGCCAUGGAGAGCCGAGUUCGUAGAGCCAGAGACAAUUUGGUUAGUUGGUACCACCCAUAUUUCUCAGGAAUCGGCUAUGGAGGUUGAGCGCGUUGUCCGAGCCAUUAAGCCCGAUAAUGUGGUUGUUGAGCUCUGUCGAAGCAGAGCUGGGAUUAUGUACACUUCUGAUGGUGAUGAACAAGGUCCAGGCUUACGAUCAAACAUGUUCUCUUUGAGUGGAACAGGUUUCUUUGGUGCUGUUGGGCGUAGCAUAGACUUGGGAGGUCAAACUGCAUUAGCUCUACGCUUGCUUUUGGCGGUUUUCUCUUCAAAGCUCUCUUCUGAUGUCAACCGCCCAUUUGGUGAUGAGUUCCGAGCUGCUCGAAAAGCGUCUGAAGAAGUUGGUGCUCAAAUAGUUUUGGGAGACAGGCCAAUUGAAAUAACUCUUGAAAGGGCUUGGAAUUCUCUGACAUGGACUGAGAAACUUGGCUUAGUGACAUCAGUUGUUCGUGGGAUAACAUCGCCUUCUGAUCUGUCUGUAAAUAAAUUCAAGGAAUCAAGUACAGAUGACAGCACGUUUCAGCUCUAUGAGAAGCUUAGUUUUUCAUAUCCAAACCUUCUCCAGCCUCUUAUACAUGAACGAGACACUUAUCUAGCGUGGUCCCUGAAACGUAGUAAAGCUGUUAACAAAAGCAAGAGUGUUGUGGGGGUGAUCGGUAAGGGCCAUAUGAAUGGUGUAAUAUAUGCUUUAGUGUCUGAUCAAGGCAACUUACGAUUCAGAGAUGUUGCUGGGAAAAAGUCUUCAUCUGUUACUGCUGAUUCUAAUGGCUGGCUUGUUAAUCUCCUCAAGAGCUUGGUUAGAGACACCGUUAUUGGCUUCGUAUUAUGGGAGUUAUAUGAACAAUUCAAAGACCGGUUUUAGAUUAGAAAAAUACUCAAUAUUCAUUACUUUAUCAACACUUCACUUCGAAGUUUCACUCAAUCACAUUUUGGGUGGUUAAUGGUUAGUUAUCAUAUAGCAUAUAAUAGUACACAACGAUUAUUCGUUUGGUGAAAAAAGACACCUUAUACAUACUUUUUGUUAUAUAUUUGAUUGAUUAGCUAUUCGAUUCGUAUUAUGGAUUCA